AAACUAGUUUCUAUGUUGGUCAACAUUAGGUUCACGAGAUGGCGGCACACGUGAAAUCUGUCCUAAUUAUGGGGCCCGAGGGUGUCGGAAAACGAUUACUCGUGAACGCCAUCUGUACCGAAACAGGCGCAAACUUGUUCGACCUCAGCGCCGAAACGAUUGCCGGUAAGUACCCGGGAAAGUCUGGACUGACAAUGCUCAUUCACAUGGUAAUGAAAGUGGGAAAAGCGCUUCAGCCAUCAGUUAUUUUUAUAAACGAUGCCGAGAACACAUUUCUAAAGAAGGUUCCAAAAAAAGACGAGCUAGACCCGAAGCGACUCAAAAAAGACCUCCCGAAAACACUCAAGGGUUGGAAACCCGAAGACAGGCUGUUGUUAGUGGGAACCACAAACAAACCACAAGACUCCGACCACAAAGGUCUGUGUGGUUUAUACCAGAAGAUAAUUCUGGUUGCAAGACCAGAUUACGGAUCCAGACAGAUCCUGUUUCGUGUUCUGAUCGACAAAUACGGAGGAACAAUAACAAACGCUUUGAAUAUCAGCGACCUCGCCAGAAUAUCCGAUGGCUUCACUGGCGGUUUAAUUGAAGCCGCGAUCAAGUCAGUUCUAACCGACCGUAGAUUGAGUCAAAUGUCUAAGAAACCGAUCACAGCUAGUGAAUUUUUGAAUCCGCUUUCAGUUCGAUCACAAGUUUUCGAGAGUGAUGAAAAAGAGUUUGCAGAGUUCUUCAGCAAGAAGACACCCUUGGGUAAAAAGAGGGCAAAGGCGAUGAAAGGAGACGACGAGGACGACGGAGGAAAAGGUGGGAAAGGAAAGAAAGGAAAGAAAAGCGGAAAAAAAGGAAAGAAAGGCAAGAAGAAGUGAAAACUAAACUGUAACGAUCAAUAAAGUUUUUUAUCAUAAUUAAUCUUUCAAUCUUC